UUGUCCUCAAGCGCUUUAUUGGAGAAUUGGAUGUAUCACAACACAAUGUCAAUGGCGACUGGUGAAGAUGAUUUACAUUGGAAGAAUUUGUAUUCUGCAACCUCUGGGGAUCUUGAUCUAAAGCGCCUUGAGGAAGCCUACAAGGGAUGGUCAGAGACAUAUGAUGAGGAUCAGGUCAAAAUGAAAUUUAACGGCCCUCAUCAAGCAGCACAAAAACUGUCCAGCUUGAUGGCAGAUAAAAGCAAGAAGAUCCUAGACGUGGCUUGUGGAACUGGAGGGGUCGGCAAAGAGCUUCAUUCACAAGGCUAUGUGAAUAUAGAUGGUGUUGAUCUGGUUCAGGACAUGCUCACUCAUGCGGAACAAACAGGAGUCUAUUCCCGACUCGAGGCUUGUGACGUCAUAGGUCAAGGGAUUUCUUGUCCGGAUGGUACCUAUGACGCUAUCGUGUGUGUAGGGGCAUUCAACCAGGGGAAUAUAACACAAGCAGUGUUUCCAGAACUGCUCCGGGUAGCAAAGAAAGGUUGUAUCAUUUUGAUUGUUAUGCGAGAGGCAUUCGUCUACACCUGUCCCGACUUCAAGAAUGGUCAACUGGACACGGACAUUCUCAUGCGUGCUCAGAACGGAAUCUGGAAAUAUACCCUACGUGAAACAGUCCCUAAAUUCAUUGGGGAUUUAUCUGGUCUUCUUUAUGCGAUGGAAGUCCAGUAAUAUCUUCGUGUUCCACAGUUUAUAGAUGAGGCUACCCUGUAUAAACAAGACAUAUUAUUAUUAUUAUUAUUAUUAUUAUUAUUACUCAUGUUGCAUAAAGAGAUGUCGAUUGCAAAUAGUAUUCUAUCAACAGGUUUCAAUAAAUGUGUAUAGAAUAAUUUUGUCAUGCGAAUUGAUUACUAGACUAGGUAUCGUACCGAUUUAUCCCUAUGCUAAAACCAUGGAUCUAGGUGGACUUAGGAAUUCUAACCACCUACACAUUCCUUAUGCAAGAACUGAAUGAUACAGAAAAUCAAGUGUCCCCACACUUGUCAAACUGGUUAAUGCUCAGUUGUAGAUCAUGUAUAGUAAUGUAUCCUAUUUGUUUUUCUUCUUUAAAAAAAUAAUAUUAGAGUUAUUGUUUUGUUACUUUGUUUAAUUGAACUCAAGAUCGAUCCAAAAUUCAAAAUUCGUGCACAUAUUUUUGAGUGCUCUUUGUUGGGGACACUGUGACGAUAAAUAAUCAAGCAGGACACAAAGUUCUAAACCCAGUAUGAGACCACGCUGACAAGAUACUUCAGCACGUAUCAGCACGGUUCAAUCUGUAAUUGAACAAAACAAAUAAAGGAAACAUCCAAUCAAUACUGGAAUACAUGUACACAUGCUUAUCAAUGACAUUAUUUGUUACAAUAAUUAUCCAUCUUGUCUGGUCUCAAUCAAUAAAUGCAUAACUGAAUAUGAA